AUGGACUUGAUCAUCAAGGUGACCCAGGCCCAUGGCCUCGUCUCACUCAAGAAGCUGCGCGCCGUGACGCACCCGUACGUCUUCAUCCGCCAUGAUCGCCACACGAAGAAGUCGCUCGUGCACAAGAAGGGCAUGGCGGCACCGGUCUGGAACGUCGAGGCGCGCUUCCUCGCCGUCGCAUGGGCACCGCCAAUCGAGAUCCGCUUCGAAGUCUACGACGAAGGCAAGUGGGGCCUUGGCGACAUGCUCAUCGGCACGACGGUGUUCACGCUGCCACCCGAUGCGACGUUCCUCGAGGGCUGGUUCCCGAUUUACGCCGCCGACGUCAUGACGGGCCAUGUCUUUGUGCGCUGCGACUGCCUUCGCCACGCGCCGCCGACGCCGAUCGAAAAGCCGCGGCCAAGCUCAACGACGUCGUCCGAGGCGACCUUCCCGCUGCUGCAGCGUGACGCGCUGCGCAGCCCCAAGCGCAGCAGCAGCUCGCUCUCAAGCGUGAGCUCGGUGGGCCCUCUCCUCUCACGCCGCGGGUCGCUUAUCCCAGUUGACACGCCAUGGAUCGAGCCGGACGAGCUCAUCGUUAGCGGCAACAUCGGCAGUGGGGCCUUUGGCGCAGUCGAGCGAGGCCGGUACCGAGACCACGACGUCGCCAUCAAGACGUUCCACGCGAGUCUGUCAAGCGACAAUACCGCCUUUGAGAAGGAGGUGCAGAUCAUGUACCGGCUCAACUCGGAGUACACGGUGCGGCUCUUUGGCAUCUCGCAGACGCUGCGAGGCCAGCCGAGCAUCGUGAUGGAGUUUAUGGAUGGCGGCAACCUCCGGCAGUACCUCGACGCGGCCAAGCGCAAGUCGCACCACGAAUUGACGUCGAUGCUCUUCAUUGCACUGGGCAUUGCCAACGGACUCGUGUACCUGCACAAGCACCGGAUCCUGCACCGCGACCUCAAGCCGCUCAACGUCCUCCUCAACCGCAACGGCGAGGUCAAGCUCGCCGACUUUGGCAUUUCGCGCGAAGAUGCAACCAACAACAUGACGGCCGGUAUUGGCACGUGGCUCUGGAUGGCGCCCGAGGUCUUUGACGACUGCGACUACGGCGUCGAAGCCGACAUUCACUCGUUUGGUGUCAUUCUCACCGAGCUCGAUACGCUCCAGCGACCGUACCUUGAUGUCAAGGGCGGUCCGUUUCGUCUCCAGGAGCAGAUCCGCAAUGGCACGCUGCGCCCGACACUGCGUCCAAAUUGCCCAAUGUGGUACCAACAUCUGGCCGCCGACUGCAUGGCGGCUGACCCCGUCGAUCGACCGACGGCCGCCAAAGUGGCCAAGACCCUUCGCCAGCACAUGGGCUGGCCUUGA